GGUCAAGGGCCUGGGGUCGAGGGAAAGAAGGAAAACAGUUUGUUGAGUCAAGCAAAAUUUCGUAAUUUAAUCUUAAAGUUCUGUGCGAAUUCCCAUAAAAACAGCUCUAAAUACAGAGUUCUAUACUUUUUAAGUCAUAAUGUUUAGUAUUUUUGGUAAAAAGAAAAAGGAUGAGCCGCCAACGACCCAAGAAGCGAUCCAAAAGUUACGAUCAACCGAGGAGUUGUUGCAGAAAAAGAGCGACUUUUUAGAAAAGAAAAUUGGUCAAGAACUAGUGUUAGCUAAACAAAAUGCUUCUAAAAAUAAGAGAGCUGCUCUAAAUGCCUUGAAGAGAAAAAAGCGAUUGGAGAAACAGUUGAAUCAAAUAGAUGGGACCUUAUCGACGAUUGAGUUCCAAAGAGAAGCAUUAGAAGGGGCUAAUACUAAUACAGAAGUACUAAAGAAUAUGUCUUAUGCUGCUAAGGCACUCAAGGCUGCUCAUCAACAAUUGGAUGUGGAUGAUGUACACGAUAUGAUGGAUGACAUCCAAGAACAAACAGAACUAGCUGAUGAAAUCUCUAGAGCUAUAUCUGAACCAGUUGGCUUUGGACAAGAUAUUGAUGAGGAGGAACUUAAUGCAGAACUUGAAGAAUUAGAACAAGAGGGCUUAGAUGAAGAGCUUCUGAAGGUUGGAGGAACAGCUGAAUUGCCUACUGUACCAACAACAGAACUCCCUGCACAGCCUGCAAAAGCAAAAGCAGCCAAACAGGCAGAGGAUGACGACAUGGCAGAGCUAGAGGCCUGGGCUUCGUAAAAUUGAAAUUGAACUGACAGCACCUCAUUUCUUAUAAUGACAAAUCGACAUUACAUUUGAAUUGAUUUUACUAUGCUAAAGUAUACACCAAGGCUGAGAUUUCAUUUCAAGUACACAGUAAAUAAUUUGAUAUACAUAAUUAUGUUAUCUGACUUGUCAAUAAGUGUACUAUAGAAGAGGCUCGACCAUUUGAUAACGGUCAUGGCUUAAAUUUCUUGAUAGCAUUAUCUUUUUCAAACAGCACUCAGGAUUUCUCCCUACCAAAGGUUUUCCUUUGAAAGUUAGCCACACUUUCAUCAUCCUAAAGCACCCACUAGAAUUUGAUCAAGAAAAUUGUAGUGUGUUGAAUAUUGAAUUCCACGUUGAACACAAGAUAAUGAAGUGAUAAUUAUCUUGUAAGACAGGAAUCAUCUGUAGCUAAUAUUUUUGUGAGAAUUUCGAGGGAAAAAAUAAAAUGCUUUUAUGAGUUUGGAAUUCAUUAUCCUAGAAUGUGAAAUUGAAUGGACUUUAAAAUUAGCAAUAACAGUGAAUAGAGGAGGGUUGUAAAAUGAAAAUGAAACGGUAGGACAAAUUUUAGACAAGUGUUAAUUGUCUGUAACUUUCAAGUGAAUUGAAGGAAAGGAUUAUGAUUGGAUGGUCCUCAUUUUCAUGCUUGUGGUUGGUUCAGACCCUAACUAAAGCCAUUUAAAAGUCACUGCCUCAAGACCUAGACACAUAACUGUUGCACAAAACGAUGAAAUUGCAAAGUAUGUAACACUUCUGAAACAGUCGUGUACAAUGCUUGCUUAAAUCAAGAUCAACUCUUGCAAUGCUGCACAACAUAUUUUGUUUGCAGCUUAUAUAUAUUAUAAUAACUUUUGUUGCUAAACCUUGUCAGAAAUGUGUGUAGGUGAAAUUAGAAGACCUAUAGUUUUUUUGCACGAAAAAUUUCCUGUGGCCAAACAUAUUGUGGGCAACAAUUGCACCAUGUGUCUAGUAAGUCUUCUAACUCAACCAACUCAGUAGAAAAUUUGUUUUAUUGUUGUUGAUAUCAUAUCAUGAUUUUUCUUAUGGAAGAUAUAGGUGACCAACUAUGGCAUAAAGGGCUAAUAAUAAAUACUGGUCAAUAGACAGCUUUUAGGCUGGUUCUCUGGAUUUAUCACGUCACAGACUAUCCGCUGUGCCCGAUCAUCAUGUCCAUGGCAUAGGCCUUUUCUGAGUUUGAUAAAUAGGAUGCAUUGUAGUCUAGCUUCAGUACGAACAAAACCCCAUACAAGGUAUGUGGAUCAAAAGAAGUUUUUUGUUCCAAAACUAGACCACAAUGCAUGUUUGCUAUCUCAGAAAAGUCUUUUGAAUAGCCAUUAUUUUUAGCCUUGGCAUCUUUAGUUUAGAAGCCAGUAGCAUAUUGUGGCACUUGUAUAUUUAAAAGGGUUCAUAAUUUCUUUAGGCCUAAUUUUUGUAAAAAAAAUCAUUUUAUUUGUGUCAUCACUGGACUGAACUAGAAAGUGGCUAGUGUUUCAUUACGUCUAAAUGUAUCUAAUUCCAAAAGUACAAUAAACAGAUGUACAUUUUACAUAUA